CGUAGGAUUUGAAAACAGUGGUGACGGGCAGCGGUGGCGCAUCAUCAGACACACGGAGGAUGUUGGAGGCAGGGCACCGCACACGACUGCAACGUGCUCCAUCGUUGUUUACCGCCGUGAUUGCGCUCAGAUAAAUUGGUCCUGAUAACGUAUCCAGACAGCGGCACAGCAGCCGCCCUGCCGGCGGCGUGGCUGGAAAGCGUGGCGGGCUGAUGGCUGGACCUCCGCGGUUCUUGAUGGCACCCCGCAGCAAGACGGUACCCGAAGGCUCGCACGUUCGCUUCCUGUGCCUCGUCAGUGGUGAACCUCAGCCCCGCGUCCGAUACACUCACGACGGCAAGGAUCCGAAGGACGCCACCGUCACUUACCUGCAGGACAACCUCUGCUGCUUGGACGUGGGAGCUGUCACGCUGGAACAUGCCGGGCUCUACCGCGUGGAAUUGAGCAAUCCUUCUGGGGUCGCCUGCGUAGAGACGCAUCUGGAAGUCACUGGCAAAGAAACGAAAGUGGUCCCAUCACCCCCGAAAGUCCUGGUUCCAUUACGCGACACGACAGUAGAGGACGGUCAGUCGUUCACUCUAUCGUGCGAGGUAUCCGGCCAGCCCCCUCCUUCAGCUGUGUGGAGCCGCGACGGAAUCCCACUGGCGCCGUCUUCCCAAGAUUUCCAAGUGAUUCUCGACGGUUGCGGUACCAUUCUGCUGCUGGUACGCGAAGCCUUCCCGGAAGAUAGUGCCCGCUUCGCUUGCCGCCUUCGGAAUCCCAGCGGGGAGGCAACCACGUCUUGUAUGGUGACAGUACGAGGUGUAAAGGCCCCUGCUCCGCAAGACAUCGAGAAUGUUAUCUCUGAACAUACGGAGAAACAGAAGGAUCUCCAGGCUGCCCUGGUUAACGGGAACGACCGAGUGGCCACCGAUCACAGCACCCCCGUGAAACGGCGGAACCAGCUACAGCUACCAGGAACCCACGGUGUCCCAGCUUGUCUUUCUCUGCUUCCUAUCUCUACGUGUUCCGGUGGCAUGAAACGACGGAAUAACAGUUCGUUCCACGCGCGCACUACUGACCACGCUUACUCUGUGUUGUGCCCGUUCCUGCUUGGAAAUUUGGAACUACCAGCGUGGCUGAAGCAUCACGUGGCUAGGCUUUCCACUAACUCACGCUAUGCCCGAACGCCUAUAAGGACUACCAUUUCUCUGCCUCGCACUAUACAAAACUGCGUCCAAAUCUGUCUGCAAUUGUUGUCUUCUGGUGCGCUCUCCCCUGCGAUGAAUGCAACAUUUUCCAUGCCUGGCUGGUACCGGAAUCGACAGCAUGCGCACUUUGCCAUAACCGCUUCUGAGAGCGACGCGCAAAUGCUGACAGACUCGAUACCGCCUUGUGUGCCCAAAUACUGUGGUUUCCCGCGUCUCUGCAGUGAUUCCACAGGUGUAGUACCGGACGUUAUUUUCUCCUCAGAUGCGUCAACGUUCAAGAAUGCUCAAACUGCUACACUUGCGAACAUUCACUCGGGACAAACAUGCGCCCGAGUUCUCAGUGAUACGAAUUCUUCGUGCCCGGAACAACCACUAAGUAACGGCAACCCUACGAACUACAGAAGGAGGCCACCGGCCGACCUUUUGCCGCCGGAACAGUACGAAGUGCACUCUCCAACCUCGUUGGACGAUGACGAGCUCGUUCCAGCACAGAUCAUCCGCGGUCCCCAGAGCGUUGUCACUCAGAUUGGGGCCGACGUCCGACUGAACGUGCGAUUCGUCGGAGUUCCGGUUCCGAAAGUCACUUGGAUCAGAGCUGUAAGUCACCACGAUGUGCGCUAUGGGAGAGGACAGCUGUCGUGUCUUUUAAACAUCCAAGAUUAUUUUUGUCCGCACUUUUAGUCAAAAUAAUUUCGG